CUAUGGUGGUCGCUGUAGGACAAACGACUUUUAUAAAACUGUGAAAGGAGUUUGAUACAAGUCGAUGAGUCAGUGACGCUCACUUCUGUCCUAUGACCGCGAUACUGAGUCAUGGCUGAGUAGGCGGAGUCAGGCAUUUGCGCAGCAGCUGAAAGGAAGACGCGACUGUACUGAGGUUCUCCUUCCGCCGUCUGUAUGUGCAGAGAGCAGUCUGAUAUCGCUGGGAGGAAAAUGGUCCCUGGGCUGUGGAAAGAAACCCUGGGUUUGGCUGAGGACUACCUGUCUUUGUGCUGCACAAAUCCACAUCAAGUCCCUCCACCUCCCAGCGAGUCAGCCGCUGCCAUGAGACGUCUGGGCCAGGAUAUUGAGCGGCAGCACCAGGCUCGCUUUGACAACCUUGCUCAGACCUUCCUGAGGCAUUGCGGGCCGGAUCACUGCUCUAGCCUCAGGAAGGUGAUGGAGGAGCUGGUGGGAGACGGACACUUGAACUGGGGGAGGGUUGUUUCCCUCUUUGCUUUUACUGGGGUGCUAGCCAGAAAGAGGCUGGAGCAGAAGCCAGGGCUGGACCCUGGGCAACAGCAGGAACUGGGACAGGAGCCCAUAAGCUGCAGGGAGCUGGCAGAGACCAUAGCUGAUUACCUGGGGGAAGAGAAGAAAGACUGGCUCUUGGACAAUGAUGGAUGGGAGGGUUUCUGUAAGUACUCCCGCAGUGCCAGAGAGGUGAGCCAGGACUCUUCCAUGAAGACCGCGCUGUUUGCUGCUGCUGGCGUCGGCCUGGCCGGGCUUACUUUCCUUUUGGUGCGCUAGCUGGCCUUCUCCACCCUUAAUGUGUCCUCAUGCUUUCAACUUACUCGGCACAGUUAGUGUAUGUAGAGAUCUGACCACUGUGCUGCAAAAUGGGCCUUCUAAUGUAAAAUCAGGGUUGUAUCAAGAGGUUAAAUCAGGGGUGUCCAAACUUGCGGCCUGCGGGCCGCUU